AUGUAUAUAAUGUCGAUUCAAUUUCGACGGAAUCGUAUAUUAAUCAUAUCUAUUAUAUUUAUAUUUUUUAUUAUUUAUUUAAUUAAUAAUUAUUCAGAGAAUUUAUCUGAGAAUGAAUAUGAUUUUACUGAUAGAGAAGUAGAAGAAGAUGAUACUAAACAAUCUAACAAUGAAAUAAUUAAUAGAACUAUUAGAACAAGAAUACAUUCUCAAUUAUUAGGAGAAGAAAUUGUUGAAAAAACAUUGGAAAAAAUUGACUGGCAUGAUUAUGAAUUAAUAGCUCGCGAAAAUGCUCGGACAGGACUCGGUGAAGGUGGUAGUGGAGUUGAACCAAGUUCGCAAGAUCGUAAUAAUCCUGAAUUUGAACGACUUUAUAGAGCAAAUGGUUUUAAUGCAUUUAUUUCGAAUAAGAUUUCACUUGAUCGUUCACUUAAAGAUAUUCGUCAUCCAGAUUGUAAAAAAAGAUUAUAUCUAGCUGAAUUACCUACUGUUAGUAUCAUUAUUCCUGUUCAUGAGGAACAUUUAAUAACAUUGAUUCGAUCGAUACAUAGUAUAUUAAAUCGAACACCAGCUACACUGUUAGAAGAAAUUAUUCUUGUUGAUGAUAAUAGUAAUAAAGACGAAUUAAAAAAAGCACUUGAUGUUCAUAUUUCUAAUCUAACAAAGAUACGUGUUAUUCGUCUUCAUAAACGUCAAGGUCUUAUUCGUGCAAGACUAGCUGGUGCACGUAAAGCAAAAGGUGAUAUACUGAUAUUUUUUGAUUCACAUAUCGAGGUUAAUAUUAACUGGUUACCACCAUUAAUUGAACCAAUUGCAUUGAAUUAUAAAACAAGUGUUUGUCAAUUUAUUGAUAUAAUUAAAUGGGAAAAUUUUGCUUAUAUUGCUCAAGAUGAAGGUGCUCGUGGUGCAUUUGAUUGGAAUAUGUAUUAUAAACGAUUACCGUUACUAUCUACGCAUGCAGAAAAUUCAUCAGAACCAUUCGAUAAUCCAGUUAUGGCUGGUGGUCUAUUUGCAAUUAGUCAAAAAUGGUUUUGGGAAUUAGGUGGUUAUGAUGAAGGUCUCGAGAUAUGGGGUGGUGAACAAUAUGAAAUUUCAUUUAAAAUUUGGCAAUGUGGUGGACGACUUGUUGAUGCUCCAUGUUCAAGAGUUGGUCAUAUUUAUCGUGAAUUUAAUCCACAUAGUGGUUUUAUAUUUAAUAAUUAUAUAUCAAAAAAUCAUAAACGAGUUGCAGCUGUUUGGAUGGAUGAAUAUGCUGAAUAUAUUUAUAAACGAGAUACACAUAUGAAAAAUUUAAUUCCAGGUAAUAUUCAAAAACAACUUCAACUACGUAAAAAAUUAGAAUGUAAAUCAUUUAAAUGGUUUAUGGAGAAUGUUGCAUACGAUUUGGUUCAAAAUUAUCCACCAGUUGCUUUAUCUCCAUAUGCGGAAGGAGAAAUUCGAAGUAUGGCUACUCUAUUAUGUAUAGAUACAAAAUAUACUAGGGAACAUUCAACAUUUGGUCUUAAUCGAUGUCUGAGAGAUCAUCGUGAUCUAAGUGGUGAACAACAGUUUGAACUUACUUGGCGUCCAGAUAUUCGACCACAUGGUCGUGAAUUAUGUUUCGAUGUACCUAAACAAGAUAAACGUGCACCUAUUGUCUUAUUUACAUGUCAUGGAAUGCGUGGUAAUCAACAUUUUAUAUACGACAUAAAUUCUUAUCAUAUUCGUCAUGUAUCAACACAUUUAUGUUUAGACUGUGAUUUAGAAAGUAAAAUGAUUUUUAUGGAAAAAUGUAAUCAAACAAGUAAAACACAACAAUGGUCUUUUUUUUCUUAUAAUGAAACAUUAAUUGUUAAAGAUAUGAAACAAUAUUUUUUCAAAUAA